AUGGCCGGAACUGCACGGCUCAUCCGGUAUCUCGCUGUCUUGGGCCCCGCCCCGGAGAAUGCGGAAACGCUCUCCGAGACAGCCUCGGUGGCGACGCAAGGCGCCCCGCGCGCUGCCACGCUCGAGCGCUUCCCCAGCGAGGACUACGAGGACGUGCCGCUGAGCCCGUUGCUCAGCACGCUGCCGGACUUCUGCUUCCAGGAGGGCCUGCAGAGGCUGGACAAGAAGCCAUCAGGCCCGGAGUUCCAGGCCUUUGUCUUCUCCGACCACAAGGGCGGCCGCCGAUUCGUGGCGUGUCUCAUCGUGCAUGAGCGCACGGUGACUUCAGAAGGACAGCUGUACACGCCCAAGGCGUUGUGCUUAGUUUCACUUUACCCCUGCCUGGAGCUCUUCCGCAGCCUGCUCGCCGACCUGGUGGUGGCUGCACGCUCCGACCGGGAGCUGUCGGUGAAGACAGGUUCCUUGGAGUUUUCCGAGCGGCUCGUGGCGCGCCUGGUCUCGCAGAUCUUCUUCGAGCUGCCGCUGCCGCCCAGCCGCCACACCAUGGUGGGCCUCACCGCAGGCCUCCGCGAGAUGACGCUGCUGGAGCCGGAGAGCCUCACGAGGGACUUCUCCUUCCGGCCGCUGGUGGCCUUCCUCUCCUGCAGCAAGCUGGCGCAACUCUUUGUGCUGGCGCUGUUGGAGCGCAAGGUGGUGCUCAACUCCCAGAAGCUGAGUCCGGUGCUGCUGGUGGUGAUCAUGGAGGCCUUGCGUGCGCUGCUCUUCCCCUUCGACUGGGAGCACACCUACCUGCCCAUGUUGCCCAACUCCUUCCGCUGGGCCCUCGAGAGCCCGGCCCCGUUCCUCAUGGGGGUCUGCGGCAAGCUGGCGCCCUCCGAGCUGCCGGCGGAGGCUAAGGAGAAGCAGGCGGCGGGUGUUGGGCCGCAGGUGGUGGUCUUCGACCUGGACAGCGGCAAGACCAUCCCGGAGAAGCCGCAGGUCACGGUGCCCAGCAUCAUCGAGCAGCCGGUGGCCCGGCUGGCGCCGACGCACAAGUGGGAGCAGCGCAGCGCCAACCAGGAGUACUGGGCCAAGUACCAGGCCGUUAGCUUGUCCUCCAGCCGGCCACGCACGAGCUCGGCAGAUGCCGAGGCAUCACCGACCUCAGCACGGGGGCGAGUACGACACAGGCGCAGCUUGUCCUCCACCAGCUGCGACAGCGAGAACGACAGCGACGGGAACCGCUCGGUGAGCAGCGGGCUGACCAGCGGGCUGCUGUCGGGGGCGCUGGGCCCUGCCUGGAACGAGGAGCAGGAACGCAGCUUCCGGCAGAAGGUGGCAGCGAUCUUUCUCGAGGCUCUGGUGGUCCUGCUGCAUAAGUGCCCUGAGAUGCACGAGGGGAAGGAGAUGCCGCAUCAGACGUUGUCCAAGGACGAGCGUUCUGAGAAGGCCCUCCUGGAGGAGUUCCGCCAGACCAACGCCUGGGAGCGGUUUAUGGCCUUGUCCAGCACCAGCCCAAGGCGGCAGCUGUUUGAUCAGGCGAUCCGCCUCUAUGGCUUCUGGUCGCAAGAGCCACCGGAAAGCCGCAAGCCGCUGGAACACAACCUGCGAGAUUGGGUGACUCGCUUGUACGAGCCCCCACAGCUGAUCUGCUUGAGCGAGGCCCUGCCGCUGCGUUGCGGCCCACUGCAGCCGCACCUGCCGGUGCGGAAGCUCCUGCAGCGGCUUCCCAGGUCCAAGCGCUCGCGCUUCGAGGCCUUCGGGGACCUCGAGCUGAGCCGCUUCGAGGCUGAGAUCAAGAAGCAGGAGGAGCGGAGCUGCCUGGGUCUGCCGAGGCUUGGGCGUCUUGGGCGUCUUGGGACGCUGUCGGCGCGAAACGACAAGCCAUGGAUCCAUGAAGCGACGGCGCGAGGAUCAGUGGCAGGCGGGGCUCAGGAGCGGGCGCUCUCCUCAGAUGCGGCGUCCGGCUCCCGGCUCUGCGAGGAGUGCGACGGCGUGGUGGACCCCUGGCGCCGCGGCCUGGAUGCCGUCCACGCGUGUCUCCGGAUGACUGCCAAGGAGGGCCGUGCUUUCCGGCCUGAGGUGUUGGACUUUGUGGCGUUGUCGCCUCAGUCUGUCCUUGCAUACAACAUCGAGGCCUUUCGCAUGUACAACAAGCGCCGGAAGAAGAACGUGCUCACGGAGAGCACGGUGCUGGCGGCUCCUGUGCACGUGAUGCAGGGCAAGGAGACCUCUCAGUCCACUGGCAUCACCGUGGAGCGCCUGGAGGCCGGGGGGGCGGUGGCAUGGCUGCGCCACUUCAGCCGCACGGCACGGCAGAUGGCGGAGGCUGAGAAUGGUGUCAGCGCGCUUGUCAUGGUGCAGGAGGAAGGCGUCCAAGUGGUGCCUUUCGGCGUCAAUCGGCAGUUUUGUCAGAAGCAGAACCCGGAGAUCCGCCAGAUCAUCGUGUUGCUCUUUGGGCAGGAUGCCACGAACCAGGAUCUGGCAUUGCUGAAGAAUGCGUGCAUGGAGGGGUGCCACGUGGGGCCCUUCCACCUGUCACUGCCUUCGUGGCGGCAGCCCCACUAUGCCAUUGGGGACCUGCUGAUGCAGCACGACCGCCAGGAGCUGCUGCCAUUUCUGGAGGACUUGCGCUCUGUGGGCGAGGAGGAGUACCGGGAGUUUCAGGCGCUGUUCCGUAAGUCCAUCACCUGCAUCGCGCUGGCCCCGCGGAGCCGCAAGAGCGCGCUGGUGGCGCGCUUCGCAAGCUUCGGGGACGGCACCUUGAGCGCGCAGAACUGGGAGCAGUGUGCCGAGCCAAAGGAGCCCCGCAUGACUCCCACCCCGCCCUCCGAACCGCCGCCGCCGUGGCUGCCGCGGGCGCCGGCGCCGGGAUCCGCGUGGAGACCUUUGAACCCCGGGCCGGUGCAGCGGCCGGCGCCGUGUCCUGACACGGCGGGGUCCCCCCCAAAGAGGCCAAAGCAGCCGGGACACCCGCCGCCACAGUGGCAGAGUCAGCUGAAGAUGCCAGAAAGACCAGUGCCCACGAAGGCCGAGCAGACGCCAAGCACACUAAAGCAAGCGUUUUGGGAGGCAGCGUCACAUGGGCAAGUGCCCGAGAAGGUGGAGCAGGUGCCAUCUCAGAAUGGCCGCGUGGCGCCGAAGCAGCAGCAGGUACCCGCAAAGCAACUAGCAGCUCCAAAGAAAACUGAGCAGAUGCCACCAAACAGGCUAAAGCAAGCAUUCUGGAGGGCGCCGUCAAAUGGGCAAGCGGUUCCAUCUGCAAACGGCCGAGUGCUACCGAAGCAGCAGAUGCCUUCAGCAGUUCGGCCAGCAGUCCCCAAGAGAGCAGAGCAGAUGCCACCUGGAAACAGGCACGAGGCGCCAAAGCAAGCGCUGCAGAGGGCACUAUCGCCUACAAAGAAGGCCGAGCAGAUGCCAUACUCGAACGGCCGAGCGCUACCGAAGCAGCAGCAGAUGCCAAGCGGUAGACCGGCCCCAACACGAGAUGAGCGGACGGCAGCCGAGGGCUUGCCAAGGGUGCCGCAGAUGAAGCCACCCAGGCCAAAGCAAGUGAUUGGUCAGAAGUGGAUGCAGUCUCGCGCUCCCAUCAGGCCGAGCGUCCCUUCGCUCUCCGCUGGCGCGCAGACCGCGCUCAAGGCGCUGGGUCCGCCGCCCAAGGCAAUGCCGCGGCCGGUCUGCGACUACGAGUGA